AUGGAGGAGCCCGGCGCCGGGGGGCUGCGGGGGGACAAGGAGGAGCAGAGGGUGUUGGUGUCAGAGCAGAGCUGGAGACCCUGCCCCGAAAGCCGGCGGAGGGUCCGAGGGUGCCUGGGGUGGGUGAAGAGGCAGCUGUUCCGUGUCGGGGAGGAUUGGUAUUUCCUCUUUGUCCUGGGUGUCCUCAUGGCCACCGUCAGCUUCGUCAUGGACAUCAUCGUCUUCAGGCUCUACAACGCCCACAGGUGGCUUUACCAAGAGGUUGGGGACUACCUGGUGCUCAAGUACCUCUCGUGGACCAUGUACCCCAUAGCACUGACAGCCUUCUCCACCGGCUUCUCCCAGAGCAUCACCCCCUUCUCAGGAGGCUCUGGCAUCCCAGAGCUGAAGGUCAUCCUGACGGGCGUGAUGCUGGAAGACUACCUGGCCAUCCACAACUUCGGAGCCAAGGUGGUGGGCUUGACCUGCACCCUGGCCAGUGGCAGCACCGUUUUCCUUGGCAAAUUGGGUCCCUUCGUCCACCUCUCCUCCAUGGCUGCAGCGUACCUGGGGAAGAUGAGGACCUCAGUGAUGAGGGAUUACGAGAACAAGUUCAAGCAGCACGAGAUGCUGGUGGCAGCACAAGCCGUUGGGGUGGCCACUGUUUUCGGGGCACCCAUCAGCGGGGUGCUUCUCAGCGUGGAGGUGAUGUCCUCCCACUUUGCUGUCAGGGAUUACUGGAGGGGCUUUUUUGCUGCUACCUCCGGCGCCUUCAUGUUUCGCCUCCUCGCUGUCUUCAACAGCGAGCAAGAAUCCAUCGCUGCCAUUUUUAAGAGCGACCUCAAGAUCGAUUUCCCUUUUGACCUCAAGGAGACCUUUUUCUUUGCAAUCUUGGGGGUCAUCUGUGGGCUCGUGGCCUGUGCCUACCUCUUCUGCCAGCGCUGGCUGCUGGCCGCCGUCGGCAAGAACCGCUUCAGUGCCAAGCUGCUGGCCACCGACAAGCCCAUCUACACGGCGCUGGUGGUUCUGCUCCUCGCCUCCAUCACCUUCCCCCCAGGGCUGGGCCAGCUGAUGGCCUCCAAGCUCACCAUGAAGGAAUACCUCACCUCCUUCUUCGACAACCGCACCUGGGCAGUGCUGGCCCGCAACGUCUCCCGUGAGGCCAGCGGUGCGGACGUGGACCCUCAGGAGCUCUGGAGGGAGUGGUGCCACCCUUCCACCACCAUCUUUGGCACCUUGGUCUUCUUCUUGCUGAUGAAGUUCUGGAUGCUGAUCCUGGCCACCACCCUGCCCUUGCCUGCUGGCUACUUCAUGCCUAUCUUUGUAUAUGGAGCUGCCAUCGGGCGCUUGGUGGGGGAGGUGCUGGCUCUGCUCUUCCCCCAUGGCCUCCGCUCCCAGGGGCAGCUGCAGCCCAUCAGCCCUGGUGGCUACGCGCUGGCUGGCGCAGCCGCCUUCUCGGGCUCAGUGACCCACUCCAUCUCCACGGCUUUACUGGUGUGUGAGGCCACUGGGCACCUGAGCUACAUCCUGCCCAUCGUCCUGACGGUGCUGGUGGCCAAUGCCAUUGUCCAGAAGCACCAACCUUCCUUCUACGAUGGCACCAUCAUUGUCAAGAAGCUGCCCUACCUCCCCCGCAUCCGCAGCCGCCACCUGGCCUCUUACCAAGUGGUGGUGGAGGAGUUCAUGGAGAGCCAGGUGGUGGCUUUGCCCAAAGGUGGUGGCUUUGAGGAGGUGCUGGUGGCCCUGGACGCCUCUGCUGAUGCUGAGUACCCCGUGGUGGAGAGUGCAGAGUCACCCACACUGGUGGGCACCGUCAGCAGAGCCCAGCUGAUAAGCUUCCUCCAGAGCCACAAGCAUCCUCAGGCACCCCCAGGGGAGAAGCUGGCUGCUGCUGGGACAGUUGGGGACAACUGCACCAUUGAGCCCAUCAUGCUCCAACUCUCGCCAUGGACCUCCCUGCACCAGACCCAUCACCUGUUUGAGCUGCUGAAGCUGCAGCGCAUCUUCGUCACCCGCUCCGGGGAGCUGGUGGGAGCCGUCAGCAGGGUGGAGCUGCGGAGAGCCAUCGAGGAUCUGGCCAACCCCAAGGGCUGA